AUGAUUUGGGGUAUCUUUUUAUGCUGCCUUCUAAAACCGGCUGCUGGAUUUCAAACGCAGGAGCGGCUGCCUUUCUUUCACGGGCAUGUUUUUGAGAACUCCCCGACUGCUUCCAAAGUGAACGGACUGAGCAUUCCGGUGAGGCGCAUCAACGCGCAAAAAUGGUGCCCAGUCUCCGGGAUGCACUUCAAACUGUACGGCAACGGCAGCGAAGAUUUCCGCGCCUUUGCCCACCACAAGCGGGGGAAUAUAUUGCUAAAAACUUCCCGGGUUUUAGACAGAGAGGCUCGCUCAGAAUACCUGCUGAGCGUCGGGGUUUGUUGCCAGACGUGCGUCUCGGAGUCUGUCGUCUCCCUGGUUGCCACGGUAAAAGUGGACGUUUUGGACACAAACGAUCACGAACCGACUUUUCGCAGUGCAGACACCGUGCACAUAACUUUAGACGACACCACUGCUCUCCGUAGUGUGGUUUACAGGCUCCAGGCUGUGGACGCAGACAGCGGCAACAACGCAGAGUUAACAUACAUGUCCGUGCCCAACAAUGGCAGUUUCUAUGUUGUCCCGAAAACAGGGGAAGUUUUGCUGGUUGACUCAAUCCUGGGGCUCCCCUCUAAAGUCAAAUUCUAUGUUUUCGCCAGAGACCACGGGUGGCCCCCUCUGACCAGUAAAGGUGUUUUGGUUACUAUAUCUCCACAUAGGUGGGCCACGCGUCCUGCUGAAUUAACGGGGUCAGGAAGGGGGGCACGGUGGCCGAGGGCUUUGCUUGACCCGGGCACGGUGGUUUCCCUCAACGUGUCGGAAGACGCCAGCGUCGGCUCGGUCAUAACGAGCCUGAGCCCCAGCAGGUUUCCGUCAGCCGCCUACGAGUUGGUUUUCCCGGAGUCAGAGAGCUCCCCGGUGGCCGUGGGGCGAGACAGUGGAGAUAUCACGAUCAGCAGCAGGCUGGAUAGGGAGACAGAGCCUGUUCUGGAGCUCACUGUUAAGAUUCAGGACAAACGAGGCCCAGACUGGUACCUGAACAAGGUGAAGCUGAAGAUCACUGAUGUCAACGACAACAUCCCUGAGUGGAAUAUGAAGCCGUACCCAUACCUGGCCGUGGUGUCUCCAGAGGCCCCCGCGGGAACGUUUGUCUACCAGCUCCAGGCUCUCGAUGGGGAUGAGGGCAAAAGCGGAGAGGUGGAAUACUUUUUGUCGGAUGGUGGUGACGGCUGCUUUGCAGUGGACAAGCAGACAGGCCAGGUGGUGACCACAGGGCUGGUGCUUCAGAGGGACAGAGAGUACUUGUUAAGCGUGGUAGCUCUCGAUGGCCUGGGCAGCCGCAGCCCCCCCGCCAUGCUCUCUGUGGUGGCAGGAGCCAGAGCACCAGAGUUCACCAACACCAGCUACGCCAUAUCCAUACCGGAGAACACACCUGAAGGACAGCCCUUCCUGGCUGUGUUUGCCAUUUCUUUCCAGAACCAGCCUAUCAUCUACAGCCUGCUGAUCAAUCCCAGUAGCCUUUUCAGCAUCAAGCAGGACACAGGGGAGAUCAGUCUGACCAGGACGCUAGAUUACGAGAGUGACCAGCGUCGCUACCUGCUAAUGGUGCGAAGCAGCGAAGAGCCCGGCAGCCUCAGCACUGCCACAGAGGUUCAGGUGUUGAUAACGGAUGAGAACGAUUGUGUCCCGGAGUUCCUCCAAUCCAUCUACAGUGUGGAUGGAGUCCCUGAGACUGUAACCACAGCAACAUCCCUGCUGCAGGUGUUGGCCACGGACUGUGACUCGGGGUUAAACGCUGAGCUCACCUAUUACACCCUGAGUCCGGACUUCAGCAUUUCACCGCACGGGACCGUUUUCCCUGCGGGGCGGCUGGAUUACGAGAGGCCCAACCAUCUGUACGAGUUUGUUGUGAUGGCGACGGACAGCGGGGCGGAGCCUCACUCGGGGACGGCUACGGUUCGUGUGAGGAUGGCAAACAUCAACGAUGAGACCCCCGAGUUCUCCCAGCCUGUAUACCGAACGUUUGUUUCCGAGGACGCUGGGCCCAAUACUCUGGUCGCCACAGUUCUGGCCAAAGACCCAGAUGGCGAUGGUAUAAUCUACUCCAUAACAGCAGGAAACGAGGAGGGAAACUUCGUCAUUGACAGCCAGAAAGGAUUGAUUCGUCUCCGCUCCAUUCCCCUGCCCAAGCUUCAAGGCCUGGAGUACGUCUUGAAUGUAACGGCCACAGAUGACAAUGCAUCAGGCGGGUCACACGCUCUCUUCUCAAGCGCUCGAGUCAUUGUGGGAGUUGAUGAUGUCAACAACAACAAACCUGUUUUUGGGGAGUGCCAGCAAUAUCGUGAGCAGGCUACAGUGCUAGAGAACCAGCCAUCGGGGACUUUUGUGUUGCAAGUGCAUGCGGCGGAUGCAGAUGAGGGAGCAAAUGGAAAAGUCAAAUAUGGCUUAAUGCACAGAGACAGCGCCAUGCCUGCCUUCAGAAUUCAUCAAGACACAGGAGUGAUUGUGACAGCCAGGCGUUUCGACAGGGAGCGGCAGAGAGAGUAUUCAAUUACAGUAACGGCCACUGAUUGGGCGGAGGAGCCGCUCAUCGGAAUUUGUCAGCUCACCAUCCAAAUAGUGGACCAGAAUGAUAACAGCCCCAAGUUUGAGAAUUUGCGCUAUGAGUACUUUCUGAGAGAAGACACUUUGGUCGGUACCAGUUUCCUUCGCGUGGCAGCUCACGAUGAUGACUUUGGAACUAAUGCAGCUAUCACUUACUCCAUGUCCCUGGAGCUUCCUGAGUACCUGAGGGUCAACCCUGUCACUGGAUGGGUCUUCGUUAAUCAGCCCAUCUCACAGACAACCUACAUCACGCGGGACAUCAUAGCUACGGACGGGGGGAAUCGUAACACUUCUGUGGAGCUGGCGGUCACCAUCACCGACGUGAAGAACCAGCCUCCACAGUGGGAGACGGACAGCUACAGCGUCGUCAUUCCGGAAAAUUCUGCAAGGGACACACAUAUAGUGACAAUCAAGGCGACCUCUCGGCUGGGUGACCCGAGGGUGACCUAUAACCUGGAGGAUGGGAUGGUGCCUGAAACCAAC